CCAGAGAGGAGGGUCCUGUUCAGCCAUGUCUGACAAUGUUCCCAAGAACUCUACAUGGAACAAGGAAGAGGGCAUUCAACGGCUCUUGGUAUAGGGACAAUCUGUGGUUGGAGUACUCUGUAAGUCGAAAUGCUAGUUACUGUUUCGCCUGCAGGCAUUUUUCCCUCCCUGGUACACCGGAAUCAGCCUUCACGUCCGAGUCAGGGUUUUCAAACUGGAAAAAAGCCUUGUUUAAAGAUGUCAGGUUUAAAGUUCACUUAAAGUCAGAGCAACACAAGAAUGCCAUGUAUGUCUGGAGUGAAUACAAAAGGGGCAUUGAGAGUAACAAAUCAAUAUUGGACGCCUUAAAUGAGGGUAGAAAAAAGAAAGUUGAGGAAAAUCAAAGUUACAUAAAAACAAUUACAGAGGUGCUAGUAUUAACUGCAACUCAAAAUAUUGCACAGAGGGGUCAUCGGGAAUCUGAUGACUCAGACAAUAAGGGCAAUUUUUUGGCCAUUUUGGAGCAAAUCGCAAAGCAUGACCCCUUUAUUGAGAGAAGACUAGAUGCAUGUGGCAAUGCCAAGUAUACCAGCCACCAAAUUCAGAAAGAAAUGGUCCAAAAGCAAAUCAUAGCAGAAGUAAAGGAAAGUGAGGUGUUUAGUGUGUUGGCUGACGAAACUAAAGACUUACAAAAAAAGGAACAGAUAGCUUUAGUUGUGCGUUACGAUUACUGCGGUGCCAUCCAUGAAAGCUUCCUGAACUUCCAGUCAGCAGAAAGCCUGGAUGCAGAGGGUCUGACUAAAAUGAUAGUGGCGUGUCUGGAGAAGCAUGGUCUGGACUACAAAAAUAAUCUUGUCGGGCAAGGCUAUGAUGGUGCAUCCGUAACGAGUGGGAAGCAUUCUGGUGUGUCUGCACGCAUUAAGAGCGAUGCAAGAUUUGCAUUUUAUGUGCAUUGUAAUGCACACUGUUUGAACUUGGUUCUUGUUGAUGCGGUGAAGUCAGUGUCUGAAGCUGAUGACUUUUUUGCACUUCUGCAGAACAUUUAUAAAUUUGUAUCUGGCUCUGCUGUUCAUGUCAAGUGGCUUGCUGUUCAGAAAGAGCUCUAUUCACAGGAGAAACCUAGGGAAUUACAGAGACUUACAGAUGUUAGUCAGUACUGCGUCCUGUGA